UUGUAAGACAAACGAAUCUAUCACAACAAAAAUGCGUAGGAUUUUAAAAUAUCCCUUACCCGUCACAGAAUUCCAAUAAUAAAUCAUAAACAUUAUGUAAUGUUAAAAAAUAGACCAGGUCAGUUAAUUGUUAAUCUACUUUUAAUAGAAAAUAAAGUCAAUAGGUGAAAAUAUUUGUUUUUUUAAACAGUUUAAAACGCAUUUCAGUCUUAUUGAUCCGUAAUUUGUUGCUAAGCAAAAUUCAAGUUCACAUCGAAGAUUGAUGUGAAGAUUUUUUUUUUUGGCAAAGAAACUUGACUCCAUGGUGGGAGUAGUAAAAGGAGACAACACCCGAGAGGUGGUGUUGCGUCUGUUUCAAGCUGUUGUAUUAUUUAGUAUUAUAUUUCCGAUAUUCUGGUUUACAAACGUCCAAUCUAUAACGCUGUAUUUGACAACGAUAAAAUUACACGAUUCUAUAAAUGAAGUUGUUAGUGACACAAAAGAUAUCAUCGAAAAAUUAAAUAUCUCUAAAAGUCUUCAACACGCUUAUACACAAAGAACUGUCAAAGCGAUACCAAAAGAAAAAACUGUCAAGGCGAUACCAAAUGAAAGACCACAAAAUUGUGAUGAAUGCUUUUCUCGAACUUUUCAGUUUUUAAUAAACAAUGAAAACAUAUGUAAAAGUGUUAAUGGCUCUGUCGAAAUAUUGAUUCUUAUAACUUCUUCUCCGCAAAAUAUUUUAGCACGAAACGCGGUAAGAGAGACUUGGUUGACAUUUUCAGAAAAGAAUAAAGGAAAUAUAAGAUACGCUUUUCUUCUCGGAGAAUCGGCAAGAUUUAAGGAAAUAGAGAAAGAAAAUUAUUUAACAAAGGAUAUCGUGUUGGGGAAUUUUAAGGACACGUAUAAUAAUCUGACGUUGAAAACAUUGAUGGGUUUUCAGUGGACAGUGAAGCAUUGUAAAAACGCCAAGUUUGUCAUGAAGACGGACGACGAUAUGUAUGUGAAUAUUCCUAGUUUAAUCCGAGCAAUCAAGAAAAAUACACAUACUUUACAAUCUGCUGUUGGUGGGCGCUGUUUUACUACAGGAAAACCUAAUAGAGAUAGAAGAUCUAAAUGGUAUGCUUCUAUUCGGAGUUAUCCACAGAGAGCAUAUCCAGGGUUUUGUUCCGGUACUGGGUACGUUACCAGCUUGAACGUCGUCACAAAAAUUGUUAAUAUAUCAGUUAACGUUCCGUUCUUUCAUCUGGAAGAUGUGUAUGUUUCUCUGUGUAUUAGACAACUUGGAUUUAGAUUACAUCCUCUGAAUGGUUUUAUGGAUGAACAUAAGUUUGAUCCUUGUAUUUAUACAAAUGAUAACUUGGUAACAGUUCAUCAAGUAUCAGUCACCAUGUUGAGACAUAUUUGGGUGACACCAUGUACCAAAAGGGGAAAAAAUAUAUAAAUACCGUUCUUUUUUAAUUUUAUGAAACCAAAUACGUUUUCUAUUAUUGUUAUAUGUAUAUGUGCAUGAAUCAUUUAAUUCAAUUGUGCUUGUAAAUAGUGUACAUAUUCUGUUUAUUUAUAUAUCUGCAAUUUAUAACAUUAACUCAUGUAUUCCAUCGUAUUGACAUUUAGGUUUAUCGGUAUAAAGAUAUAUAUAUAUGUGUAAGGGAGCAUGUGAAUAUUUGGACCAUACGCGUAUGGUCAUGACUUUUAUGUAAAAAUACCGGCAUGGUCCAAAAACUCAUAUGGUCUGGAACAUAUAGCUAUAAUAUGAAUACGUAAGCUUUAUUUUUAUUCGAUAUAAUUACAAACUACAAAACAUAAGCUAUAUAGAGCUUUUAACUGAAUACAUACAGACAUAUACAACAACAUCAAAAGCACAAUCAAGCAAGCAAACUUUAAAAAGGUAAGCACACAUAGAAGUAAGCACAGGACAAGCAUUAUAAAGCAAUUUAUACAUGCUAGCAUAACUAUAAAAGAGCAAAUAUACCUAUAUAAUUAUUUUGGCAUUGCACAAGGUCAUAAUUUUCUCUAACCCCGCCACAUUCUUUAUGUGCCUGUCCCCAAGUCCGGAGCCUGCAGUUCAGUGGUUUUCGUUGUUUCAUGUCUGUCAUAUUUGUUCUUCGUAAAUUGUUUUGUAAUAAAUUAGGCCGUAAGUUUUCUCAGUUGAAUUGUUUCAUAUUUUUCAUGUUGGGGCCUUUUAUAGCCGACUAUACGGUAUGGAGUUUUCUCAUUGUCGAAAGCCGUAUAUACGGUUUCCUCAAAUUGCUUACAUCCACUUCAUUUGAACUCUGGUGGAUAGUUCUCAUUGGCAAUCAUACCAAAUAUCCUUAUUUGUAUAAAGUAAUGUAAAAUAAGCACAGUGAAACAAAAUGAAAGCUUAUCUAUAUGCAUAACAGCAACAUUCCGAGCCAUUCCAGCACUCUUGAACUGUGAAAAACUGUUCUCCGUCCUGAAAUGGUUCGGAAGACUAUUGUAGCAAAAGCACAUUUAAAAAAGUAAGCAUGCAUAGCGAAAUGUGAAAAUGAAUAAUCAAUCCGUGAGCACCUUCGAUGAACUGACAGCUCAACAAUUUCUUUACAUAGUAAUAUAUAACGGCACCCACCAUGUAAACCGCCAAAAUAUUUCACGUGCAUAUAUAUUACACACAUAAAUAAAUCCAAAAUAACCAGAACCCGUUUUAAAGCUGCUCUAACCAGUCUUAAACAUAUCAAUAGUAUAACCAUAUUAAACUCCCUAAUUUAAACGAAAAGAACUAUAUUUAAUUAAAAAAUGUUAAGAUCAUAGUCAAUUGAAGAAAUGUUAAUUACUGCUGAUUAUUGUUGAUGGUACUAAAUUCUGUUAUAUAUGUUUUUAUUAUAAUUAUGCAUACACAAUAAUCUUGAAAACUUGUAAUAAAAAACAUAAUCAACAUAA